CGGCGCAUGCGCGCUCCGGUCGGCGGCGGCUGCGGCGGCUCCGUUUUUUUUAAAGGGAAACGCUGAGGAGCCGAGGGUGACUGUGGGGGAGGGGGACCCGGAGCCGCGGAGACCCCCGAGGGAGGCGGCAGACCCCCCUCCCGGAGUAGGAGGGCUCUGGGCGGACCCGUCCCUCCCACCCCCUCCCGAGGAGGAGCAAAGGGGGGGAAAUGGAGGCUCGGGGCGGCUGAGGCGAGCUCCGGGGCGGGGGGCCGGGGCGGGGAAGGGGGGGUGCGGGGUGGGGAGACGAGGCGGGCCCGGCCGGGCCAGGGGGGGCCGAAGCGAGCUCCGGGGAUGAGCUCGGGGGCGGCUGGGUGCGAGCUCCUGCCUCUGCGGCGAAGGCGACCGUGGCGGCAGCAGAGGCGGCGGCGAGGCCACCAUGGGUCGACGGCGGGCCUCAGCCGCGGCCUCCACUUCUCCGCUCGCCGGCGGGAUGGCGCCCGGGCCUCGGAGAAGCCGCGUUAGCGGAGGCCUGCGGCCGCUCUGCUGAGACGAGCCCGCCAAACUCCCCUCCCCCUCCUCCGUCCUCGACCCCCCGCACCUCGCCCCUUCCCCACCCCCUCCUCCGUCUCGGUCCCCCGCGCCGCUCCGGACCACUAUGACCAUGAGAUCCGCAGUGUUCAAGGCGGCCGCGGCCCCUGCCGGCGGCAACCCCGAGCAGCGACUGGACUACGAGCGGGCUGCGGCUCUGGGCGGGCCCGAGGACGAGUCCGGGGCGGCCGAAACCCACUUCCUCCCCCGGCAUCGUAAGCUCAAGGAGCCCGGGCCCCCGCUGGCCUCUACCCAGGGCGGGAGCCCCGCGCCCUCUCCAGCCGGCUGCGGCGGCGGCAAGGGCCGGGGUUUGUUACUCCCGGCCGGGGCGGCCCCCGGGCAGCAGGAAGAGAGCUGGGGCGGUUCGGUGCCCUUGCCCUGUCCGCCCCCGGCUACCAAACAAGCCGGCAUCGGCGGGGAGCCAGUCGCAGCCGGCGCUGGCUGCAGCCCCCGGCCCAAGUAUCAGGCGGUGCUGCCCAUUCAGACGGGCUCUCUCGUGGCGGCGGCCAAAGAGCCUACGCCCUGGGCUGGGGACAAGGGUGGGGCGGCUCCCCCAGCUGCCACCGCCUCGGACCCGGCGGGACCCCCACCACUACCUCUGCCCGGGCCGCCACCCCUCGCGCCCACCGCCACUGCCGGGACCCUGGCGGCCAGUGAGGGCAGAUGGAAGAGUAUAAGGAAGAGCCCUCUCGGGGGUGGCGGCGGCUCGGGAGCCUCCAGUCAGGCCGCCUGCCUCAAACAGAUCCUUCUGCUGCAAUUGGACCUCAUCGAACAGCAGCAGCAGCAGUUGCAAGCCAAGGAAAAGGAGAUCGAGGAGCUGAAGUCGGAGAGAGAUACGCUCCUUGCUCGGAUUGAACGUAUGGAAAGGCGGAUGCAGCUGGUAAAGAGGGAUAACGAGAAGGAAAGGCACAAGCUGUUUCAGGGCUAUGAACCUGAAGAGAGAGAGGAAACGGAGUUGUCUGAGAAAAUUAAACUGGAGCGCCAGCCGGAGCUCUGCGAGACAUCCCAGGCUCUGCCUUCUAAGCCUUUCUCAUGUGGCCGGAGUGGCAAGGGACACAAAAGGAAAACCCCAUUUGGAAAUACAGAAAGAAAGACUCCUGUUAAAAAGCUGGCUCCUGAAUUUUCAAAAUUCAAAACAAAAACUCCUAAGCACUCUCCCAUUAAAGAGGAGCCCUGUGGUUCCAUAUCAGAAACUGUUUGUAAACGUGAAUUGAGGAGCCAAGAAACCCCAGAAAAGCCCCGGUCUUCAGUGGAUACCCCACCAAGACUCUCGACUCCCCAAAAGGGACCCAGCACCCACCCCAAGGAGCAAGCCUUCUCAAGUGAGAUGGAAGAUUUGCCGUACCUUUCCACCACAGAAAUGUAUUUGUGUCGUUGGCACCAGCCUCCCCCAUCACCGUUACCAUUACGGGAAUCCUCUCCAAAGAAGGAGGAGACUGUAGCAAGGUGUCUGAUGCCAUCAAGUGUUGCAGGAGAAACUUCAGUCUUGGCUGUUCCUUCUUGGAGGGACCACUCAGUAGAGCCUCUAAGGGACCCAAAUCCUUCAGACAUUUUGGAGAACCUGGAUGACAGUGUGUUUUCAAAGAGGCAUGCGAAACUGGAGCUAGACGAGAAGAGGAGAAAACGAUGGGAUAUUCAGAGGAUCAGGGAACAAAGAAUUUUACAGCGACUGCAGCUCAGAAUGUAUAAAAAGAAAGGAAUUCAGGAAUCUGAGCCUGAGGUUACCUCAUUUUUCCCUGAGCCCGAUGACGUUGAAAGUUUGAUGAUUACCCCCUUCUUGCCUGUUGUAGCAUUUGGACGGCCAUUACCAAAAUUAACUCCACAGAACUUUGAACUACCCUGGUUGGAUGAGCGAAGCCGUUGCAGAUUGGAGAUCCAGAAGAAGCAAACACCUCACCGGACUUGUAGGAAGUAGCUGCGCUGGCAGUAGCCUGUCUUCAGAUAGUUGUAGCACGCUGUUCCGAGAGAAUAGCAGAGACCUGUAUGUGUGACCUAUGUCCUCAUGUAUGUUAUCAUUCACUGGUAAUGCCUUUCCAUGCUCCCUUUUUAUUAGUUUUGUUUUCUUUACUCUGAUUUCACAAAACAAACAAAAGAAACCUCGUGCAUUGAGCUAAUUGUGAAUUAUGGAGUUAUUGAAACUUCUUUCCCGUUUUGGGGAAAUGAGCUCUUGAGCUCAUCCUAUAGGAUGGUAGAUUUGGGAGUUUCGGGAGCCUCUUCUACUCACUUGCCUCUAAAAGGGGUAAAGGGCUCUUCAUUAGCCAUGCGUCAGAUGGAGCAAGCCUUCCUGUAUGUAGGAGCUAUGCCUGCCCUGACCCCAUGCCUACCUGGUGCGCCUUGUAAAUGGUGUGGGUGUAGUAGGUUUCACACUAAAGGGAUAACAUGAAGAGUUGAAGCAAGACACUCCUCAGAGGAAGAAGCUGGGACAGUGGCAUGUGGGAAGAGACAUGUGGCUGCUUUACUUUCUUAGUUGAUGGGUAACUGAAGUUCUUCCCACCCCCAACAGAGAAAAUGUUUAGAAAAGGGGUUGGGGGUUAAGUUCUGAAGCGAUACAGUUGUCACUUAGGGAUGGCACACCAGAGUCUGUGGAGAUGUCUCUGUGCCAUGUCACUUCUCAAGUAUUCCUUUGUGGGGCUUCAGCCUAUUGGCCAAACUUUUGGUGGUGAGGUAGAAGUUUGGGGCGGGCAGGGGGUUAGGGCAUGGAAGGAUGUGUGUCCUCCGCUGACAGUUGUCUACAUCUUGAAACAAACAGUUGCACCAGAUGAACUUUAUUCGCUUAGUGAAGAUAGAUGGAUACAUGUACCAUCUUGUUUCCAAUCUCCUGCCCUUGUUUUCUUACCGGAAAAAAAAAGAAAAAGAAAAAGAAAAAGGAAAAGGAAAAAAAACCAGGACAGCACUCCCAGGCCACUCUGGUCUCAGUGAGAUUCCUGUUAACUAUCUGGAAGAAAAAUGGAGCGAGGCCUGUGGGCUUCUGUAUAGGAAUUGCCUUUCGCUGGCCUUCAGAACUGUUGUAUAAAAACAAGUAGGGGUCUGAUCUCUAGAAGGGUAGGGCUCUUAUCCUUGAGGAGAACAUGUCCCCGGAUUAUUAGCACUUUUAGAGGAGAAGCCAAGGUAUGUAGGGUGUGUGGUUGGCCCAUCUGCUGAGCAUUCGAGAAUGGCAUUGCCACUGUGGGAAGAGAAGACAAGUUUCUCAGGGCCUCCCACUGCUAAAGCUUUUUUGAGAUGUUAUCUGUGCUCCCUGAGUUUGACUUUGAAAGGAAUUAUUCCAGCAGUACACUUAGUGUUCUUGGAUGAUCUUGCUGCUCUUAAUUCUCCUUUGUGUGUGUUUGUGUGUGGCUCUGGGUUUUCACUUGUAACUCCAUCUGCUUAGGAGCAUGGUUUCUCUGUGACGGAAGCUGCCGUAGACUUCACCGCAGCCAGGAUGUAGAGAGAAAAGAGGACUUCCUCCACUAGUGGCUUUCAUCUCACACCUUAAGGAUGGGGAUAUAUCCAGAAAUGUUGGGCCAGAUUUUUUUUUUAAAUGUGGCCCACUGUUUAGUGCUCCUACUCUGACCUGUAUUGUGUUUCUUUAUAACGUGCUCCUCAAAAAUAAUAACCUCAAUCCGCUGUCUCUUUACUUUGUUUCUUGAUCCCUCUCAGUUUCUUCUUGACAACGAGAUUUGUCAGAUUCCUAAUUUGGGUAUGGGUUAAUAGACUUAACCGCCAGGUUUCUGCCCUAUUCAGAGGAGUCCUCAUAUCCUGUUUUUGCUAGACUGAGAGGAAUCCAUGAGGUGCUAUCUGGCAGGACUGAAGUGGAUUCUAUUGCUUUGGUUCUCCUUUCCCUGAGGACCUAAUAUUUGAUUAUGUCCUCUCCUAGCUGUCUUUUGGUUUGGAGAUGCUGAGGUUGGUUGAGGAGGAGGUUGGAGCAAAGUUCCAGGAGCGAGAGCACAGUGUGUGGAGUGUGUGGGGAAUUAAUUUUAUUUUCCCCUACGUGGGAUACAACACUGUGUGAGAUUCAGCCUUCAACAGAAAGAGAGGCCCUGCAGUUCUCCUAAAACAUAGUUCCUUACUCUUUCUUUAACAAAGUUUAAGCUAGUGUUAAUAAAUUAAAAGAGAAAGUGCUUGUCUCUCCACCUCAGCUUUGUUUUAUGCCUGUUUCAUAUCGUUGUCUGUGCUGUAAUUCAUACUUUUGAUACCAUUUCUGAUGUGUAAAGUCGGCUGUCUUGUAAAUAUCUUAUAAAGAGUUCAAUUGUAAAUAAACUAUUGUGGCCGUUAA